AAGGCGCGGCGGCGCGCGGCGCGGGCUCUCGGGAUCCGGCGGCGUCUGCGCGCGCCCCAGCGCAAGCGCGGGCGCAUCGGAGCCCGUCGUUGGACCCCAGUCGAGGGGCCCGGCGGUGCGCGAACUAAGAUGUUGAGGCGAAGCUUGGAAAACCGGGACGCUCAAACCAGACAACUGCAAGAUGCUGUCACAAAUGUGGAGAAGCAUUUUGGAGAACUGUGCCAAAUCUUUGCUGCUUAUGUGCGGAAAACUGCCAGACUGCGAGACAAAGCGGACCUCCUGGUGAAUGAAAUCAACGUGUAUGCCUCUACGGAGACCCCAAAUUUAAAGCAGGGCCUGAAAAACUUUGCUGAUGAGUUUGCCAAACUUCAGGACUAUCGACAAGCAGAGGUUGAAAGACUUGAAGCCAAAGUAGUUGAACCAUUGAAAGCUUAUGGAACCAUUGUAAAAAUGAAACGGGAUGACCUCAAAGCAACAUUAACAGCAAGGAAUCGAGAAGCUAAGCAGUUAACUCAGUUAGAAAGAACACGUCAGCGAAACCCAUCUGAUCGACAUGUUAUUGUAUCCUUUGAAUUUGGUCUUAAAAAAAUGUUUUGUAAGGCAGAAACUGAAUUACAGAGAGCUACAAUGGAUGCUACCCGAACAACUCGUCAUCUGGAGGAAACCAUUGACAAUUUUGAAAAGCAGAAAAUAAAGGAUAUAAAGACUAUAUUUUCAGAAUUUAUCACUAUUGAAAUGUUAUUUCACGGCAAAGCUUUAGAGGUCUACACUGCUGCCUACCAAAAUAUACAAAAGAUUGAUGAAGAAGAAGAUUUAGAGGUUUUCCGAAAUUCUCUGUAUCCACCAGAUUAUUCAUCUCGUUUAGAUAUUGUAAGAGCAAAUUCAAAGUCGCCUCUCCAGAGAUCACUGUCAGCUAAGUGUGUAUCUGGAACAGGACAGGUAUCCACUUGUCGAUUAAGAAAGGAUCAACAACCAGAAGAUGAUGAUGAAGAGGAUGAAGACUUAGAUGUAACAGAAGAAGAAAAUUAAUUUUCUUAAGUAAACUUCACAUUUCCAUUUUUAAUUUAAAUUAUUUGAAAUCCAGAAUUACUAAAUUGUGAAACUUUAUACUGGUCGAUAUAUUAAACUUCAAAAUGAAAUCCUAUUGGAAAUGGGAAAUAAUUAAAGGAAAUUUAUGUUGACAAAAAUGAAGGCUUUAAGAAAUAUUACACACCAGUCAUUUAAACAUCCUGUCUAGCAGUAUGUGAUGUUUGUAUAGGUUCCAUUUUUUUUUAAAAAAUUAUGUAUUUCAAAAGUAUUUCAUAUUAAUUAGUGUACCAUACCUGGUUGAGGUUGCAAAAGUAGAUGACAAAAAAAAUUUAAUAAUUUCACUUGCUUAUUUUAGGUUAAGAUGCCAUGCUUUCGUUACCAGAAAAGGGUCCUAGAAUAGUCAUUCUGAUUAAAUAUAAAUUCUAUUCCAUAAGCCUUAAUCAAAAAGACAAGUCUUUUUUUCCUUUUUUCACUUUUACAACCUGAAGUUUCAUCAUUUAAUACCUCAGUUUACUUUUCGACAAGAGUAUAAUCACUUGAUUAAAAGUAAUGGGAACCUAGGUCAUCAGUGUUUUAUAACUGUAAGUGUAAAUUUUAGCUUUAAAAAGAAAGCCACAUUCAGCCUGUUUCUGGUUUUAAAACAAAACUGCUAUCAUGCUAAAGCUAUACAUAGUACAGCUUUUGAAAAGCUAUAAUUUGGUGGAAUUAUAGCUAAGAAAACAUCAUGGAAACCAUAUAUAAAAAUCUGUAAAAGUUUUACCAAAUUACCACCUAAUAAAUGUAUAGUCACUCUUAUGCCUGAAAAAUGUAAAAGAAUUUAAUCAGAGCUUUUCAGUAUGUCUCAUGCUUUUGUUUCUUUGGAUGGGGAACUGUACUUUAUUUCAUGGAUUCCAGUCAGGCAUGUAAAAAUUAGGAAAUUUAUAAAAUCAUUUGGGAAAAUAACAAAAAAGCAAUCAUUCAUAACAGAAAAAUAAAAACUUUCUAGAAAGCUUUUUGACUUUGUUAUUCAUGGUUCUGUUCUUAACAAAACACUGUUUCCUGACUGAUGCAAUUACUUCAGUACUUUUUAAGUAAAAUAUUCAAAACAUUUUAAAAUCCUAAAUAAAUUGAUAUUCUUAAGAAA